CCCCGGGGUGUUAUUGUGAGGGGGAGACAAUGAGCAAACUCUCCUUCCGAGCCCGGGCGCUAGACGCCGCCAAACCGCUGCCCAUCUACCGCGGCAAGGACAUGCCCGACCUCAACGACUGCGUCUCCAUCAACCGGGCUGUGCCGCAGAUGCCCACGGGGAUGGAGAAAGAGGAGGAAUCGGAACAUCACUUGCAACGGGCUAUCUCAGCACAACAAGUUUUCAGAGAAAAGAAAGAGAGCAUGGUUAUCCCAGUUCCUGAAGCAGAGAGCAAUGUGAACUAUUACAAUCGUUUGUAUAAAGGAGAAUUUAAGCAACCAAAGCAGUUCAUUCACAUUCAACCCUUUAAUCUGGACAAUGAACAGCCAGAUUAUGAUAUGGACUCUGAGGAUGAAACCUUAUUGAACAGACUAAAUCGGAAGAUGGAAAUCAAGCCACUGCAGUUUGAAAUAAUGAUUGACAGACUUGAAAAAGCCAGUUCUAGUCAGCUCGUUACACUUCAGGAAGCUAAAUUGCUGCUAAAUGAGGAUGACUACCUUAUUAAGGCUGUAUAUGACUACUGGGUAAGAAAGCGUAAGAAUUGCAGAGGGCCGUCCCUCAUCCCCCAAAUCAAACAGGAGAAGAGGGAUGGCUCCACCAACAACGACCCUUAUGUUGCCUUUCGGAGGAGGACUGAGAAGAUGCAGACAAGAAAGAAUCGAAAGAACGAUGAAGCAUCUUAUGAGAAGAUGCUGAAAUUAAGAAGAGAGUUUAGCAGAGCCAUAACAAUUUUGGAGAUGAUUAAGAGGAGAGAGAAGACAAAACGCGAGUUAUUGCAUUUAACGUUGGAAGUUGUAGAGAAAAGAUACCAUUUGGGUGAUUAUGGAGGUGAAAUUCUCAAUGAAGUGAAGCUUAACAGACCUGAAAAGGAAAUGAGCACAACUGCAUCCACUCUUCAUAAUGGAAAUCAUCACAAAGUUCAAGAAUGUAAAAUUAAGCAUCCUCAUCAUUCAUCUCUAAAGGAAGAGAUAUCAGAUGUUGUACGUCAGAAGAAGAAAUAUCUGAAGAAACCGAAAAUGGAGUGUGUGGUGACUGCUCAACAGCCCUCUGCUGAGCCCUUGCCUGUUAUCAACAAGAGUGAUAUCAAGCAGUAUGACUUCCACAGCUCAGAUGAGGAUGAGUUCCCACAGGUACCCUCACCAGUAUCAGAAGCAGAAGAGGAAAAUGAUCCUGAUGGACCUUGUGCCUUCAGGAGAAGAGCAGGAUGCCAGUAUUAUGCUCCUCGUUUGGACCAAACUAAUUCUUCAUAUGAAAAUGCGGAAUUGGACAAACUGAGGUUCAGGCAUUGCCUUACAACCCUUACAAUUCCAAGAAGGUGUAUAGGAUUUGCAAGAAGACGAGUUGGCAGGGGUGGAAGGGUUAUAAUGGACCGAAUAUCCACAGAACAUGAUCCUGUCUUGAGACAGAUUGACCCGGAAAUGCUGAAUAGUUUUUCAAGCUCUUCCCAGACCUUAGACUUUUCUUCUAAUUUUUCACGGACCAAUGCUUCCAAUAAACGUUGUGAAAACAGACUGUCCCUUUCUGAAAUACUAAGCAAUAUCAGAUCAUGUCGACUGCAGUGUUUUCAGCCAAGGCUACUAAAUCUACAGGACAGCGAUAGUGAAGAAUGUACCUCAAGGAAACCAGGGCAGACUGUGAAUAAUAAAAGAGUUUCUGCAGCAUCUGUAGCUUUAUUGAACACCAGCAAGAACGGCAUAUCAGUAACAGGGGGUAUCACAGAAGAACAAUUUCAGACACAUCAACAGCAGUUAGUUCAAAUGCAGAGGCAACAACUUGCCCAGCUUCAACAGAAACAACAAUCUCAGCAUUCCUCACAACAGACACAUCCAAAAGCACAGGGCUCCAGCACCUCUGACUGCAUGUCAAAAACACUUGAUUCAGCCAGUGCCCACUUUGCUGCAUCUGCAGUGGUCAGUGCACCUGCUCCUGGUCGCAGUGAGGCAACGAAGGAACAAACCCCCAGCCACAACAACAUUAAUGGUGUUGUCCAGCCUUCAGGAACCUCUAGAACGUUGUACUCCACCAACAUGGCUUUAUCAUCCAGCCCAGGGAUUUCAGCUGUACAGCUUGUAAGGACAGUUGGCCACACCACCACAAACCACUUAAUUCCAGCGUUGUGCACGAGCAGCCCUCAAACACUUCCCAUGAACAAUUCUUGCCUGACUAACGCAGUGCACCUCAACAAUGUCAGUGUUGUUUCUCCAGUCAAUGUGCAUAUUAAUACAAGGACUUCAGCACCAUCGCCAACAGCCUUAAAACUUGCCACAGUUGCUGCCAGUAUGGACAGAGUGCCAAAGGUAACUCCUAGCAGUGCCAUCAGCAGUAUAGCAAGAGAGAACCAUGAACCAGAGCGGCUGGGUUUAAAUGGCAUAGCAGAGACAACAGUAGCAAUGGAAGUGACAUAACCUCAAAUCAGUGUCUCAACCUGUGCUAACGGUGUAGUCAUUUAUAUUCCAACUGAAUGCAAAACACAGCACUCUGUGGAUCACAGAGAACUAAAAUGGACCUAAAUGGACUAUCCUUAUAUCGUGUAUUAAGUCGAUAUAUAAUGUAAAUUUUGUAAAAUUGGGAAAAUCACUACCUUGUAAAAUAGUUUAUUUGUAUCAUCAAUAUUAUUUCUGUUACUUGAAUAGUAGAUAUUCAUCAUCAUGCUUUUGCACUUGAAUUUGCAACUGAAUGGAUUAAAAAAUAAUUCUUUAAUGGGAUCAUGAGCAUGAAAUGGGAUCCUGCAUCACUUGUUUUAACUAUUUAUUUUGCCAUGUUUACAUUUUGUAUCUUGUACAAAUAAAUCCAACUUUGUGUCUAAAAAAAAAAGUUAAAGAUUCAUAGCUAGGAGACAAAAUUCUUGUAAUUUUUUUCUAAAGGAAAUGUAAAGUUUUCACUUGGUUCAUUUUGUUUCACAAUUUGACUAGAUGGACUUUUUGGUAAAUACUUUAGUGGCAUUUCACUGUCAAAUAUGAAGUUCAAGGCAAAAUAGUAUUUUCUAUUACUGUGCAGGGGAAAGGGAUGGAUCGAUACAUGCAAAUUUAAUGUAGUAACUCACUUUUCCAUAUAUUUUUAAUGUAUAUUUCUAUUUAUAAUACCAGUUUAUAAAAAAUAAUUACACAGGAAAGAAAAAAAACCUGACUAGGAAAAUUAUGCAUCUAGCACAUGUAAAAUUGUGCAGAUAAGAGAAAAUUUUCAACCAAUUACAUUUUAUCCGAAGACUGCAUAUUUUAACCGGCUUUAAAACUGUAACACACCACGUAAAGGAUAUUUUACCAGGUAUGUAUUGCAUUAUAUAUCAUUGCAAUAAUUAUUGGAUGUCUAGAUAUCGAGCCAUCCCAGGUGGUGGGGGGGAGGGAGGGUUGUGGCAAGAUCGUCUUUUCAAUUUUGGAGAGUUUUCCUGUGGCUACAAGGCAAGUAACGGGUUGGAAAAAGUCUGACUGUAAGCGUUGGACACCUUCGUAGUGUAGUGUUUUAGUGACUUUUUUUAUACGGUUCUUGUAAAUUAGAUACGUGUAGUGGUGUUUCAGAAUGUUUGUUUAUGCACUAGUUCAGACAACUUUCCCUGUUACUUGUUCUUGAUAAGUGAAAACUGCAGGGAAAUAAAAAUACAUAUCAAAACAUGGA